CAGCUAAGAGAAUGAAGACUCUAAGUCCCCAGCGGAAGCAUGAUAUGGCGAUGCAGUGCUGGUGCUGAAUUGUUCUCUCUGAUGGCUCUAUGGGAGUGGAUAGCCCUGAGUCUUCAUUGCUGGGUUCUAGCGGUUGCUGCUGGUUCGGAUCAGCAUGCCACAAGCCCUUUCGACUGGCUUCUCUCUGAUAAGGGACCCUUCCAUCGCUCCCCGGAAUACACAGAUUUUGUGGACAGAAGCCGACAGGGAUUUAGCACGAGAUACAAGAUUUACAGGGAAUUUGGCCGUUGGAAGGUAAACAACUUAGCUGUUGAGAGAAAGAAUUUUCUUGGCUCUCCGUUGCCUCUCGCCCCUGAGUUUUUCCGAAAUGUAAGGCUACUAGGACGUAGGCCGACCCUUCAACAGAUCACGGAAAACCUUAUCAAGAAGUAUGGGACCCACUUCCUCCUGUCAGCUACCCUGGGAGGUUCCGUAUCACUAUACAUUCUUGUGAACUUCAGUGGAAUCAUAGAAAUAUUGUACCAGCACCUGAAAUAAUUACCGUUUGGAUGAGAGCUA